AUGAAAGACGAGAGGCUAGAGACGAGAGGCGAGAGACGAGAGGCGAGAGACGAGAGACGAGAGGCGAACGACGAGAGGCGAACGACGAGAGGCGAACGACGAGAGGCGAACGACGAGAGGCGAACGACGAGAGGCGAACGACGAGAGGCGAACGACGAGAGGCGAACGACGAGAGGCGAACGACGCGAGGCAAACGACGAGAGGCGAACGACGAGAGGCGAACGACGAGAGGUGAACGACGAGAGGCGAACGACGAGAGGCGAACGACGAGAGGCGAACGACGAGAGGCGAACGACGAGAGGCGAACGACGAGAGGCGAACGACGAGAGGCGAACGACGAGAGGCGAACGACGAGAGGCGAACGACGAGAGGCGAACGACGAGAGGCGAACGACGAGAGGCGAACGACGAAAGGCGAACGACGAGAGGCGAACGACGAGAGACGAGAGACGAAAGGCGAACGACGAGAGGUGAACGACGAGAGGUGAACGACGAGAGGCGAACGACGAGAGGCGAACGACGAGAGGCGAACGACGAGAGGCGAACGACGAGAGGUGAACGACGAGAGGUGAACGACGAGAGGCGAACGACGAGAGGCGAACGACGAGAGGCGAACGACGAGAGGCGAACGACGAGAGGCGAACGACGAGAGGCGAACGACGAGAGGCGAACGACGAGAGGCGAACGACGAGAGGCGAACGACGAGAGGCGAACGACGAGAGGCGAACGACGAGAGGCGAACGACGAGAGGCGAACGACGAGAGGCGAACGACGAGAGGCGAACGACGAGAGGCGAACGACGAGAGGUGAACGACGAGAGGUGAACGACGAGAGACAAACGACGAAAGACGAGAGGCAAGUGACGAUAGGCAAGCGACGAGAGGCGAGUGACGAGAGGCGAGCGACGAGAGGCGAACGACGAGAAGCGAACGACGAGAGGCAAACGACGAGAGGCGAACGAAGAGAGGCGAACGACGAGAGGCGAACGACGAGAGGCGAACGACGAGAGGCGAACGACGAGAGGCGAACGACGAGAGGCGAACGACGAGAGGCGAACGACGAGAGGCGAACGACGAGAGGCGAACGACGAGAGGCGAACGACGAGAGGCGAACGACGAGAGGCGAACGACGAGAGGCGAACGACGAAAGGCGAACGACGAAAGGCGAACGACGAAAGGCGAACGACGAGAGGCGAACGACGAGAGGCGAACGACGAGAGGCGAACGACGAGAGGCGAACGACGAGAGGCGAACGACGAGAGGCGAACGACGAGAGGCGAACGACGAGAGGCGAACGACGAAAGGCGAACGACGAAAGGCGAACGACGAAAGGCGAACGACGAAAGGCGAACGACGAAAGGCGAACGACGAGAGGCGAACGACGAAAGGCGAACGACGAGAGGCGAACGACGAGAGACGAGAGGCGAGACCGAUAG